AUGCAGCAAGCGACGGCAGCCGCAGCAGGAGCAGCAGCAGCAAUAAACAAGGAGACAGCAGGGCUAGCAGCAAAGCUCCAAGUGCUGCUGCUAGCAACCGUAGCCGCAGCAGAAGCGGGUCCCCCCGCAGCAACAGAAGCAGCAGCAGCAGGCAGCGCAGUGGCAGCCCUGCAGCAGCAAGCCGCAGGAGCAGCAGCGAGGGUACAGAAGGCGGUGCUGCAGCAGCAGCAAGCAGGAGCCCCAGCGGAAGCAACAGAAGCAACAGAAGCAGCAGCAGCAAACGCAGCGCUAACUGCAGCAGAGGCCGCAGCCGCAGCCGCAGUGGCAGCAACAGAAGCAGCAACAGCAAACGAAGUGCAGCUGGAAGCAGAAGCAGAAGCCCCAGCGGCAGCAAGAGCCCUAGCGGCAGCAAACACAGCAGCAGAAGCCCUAGCGGCAGCAAAAGAAGCAGCAGAAGCAGGAGCCCUAGCGGCAGCAAGGCUGGAAGCAAAAGCCCUAGCGGCAGCAGACACAGCAGCAGGAGCCCUAGCGGCAGCAAGCACAGCAGCAGGAGCCCCAGCGGCAGCAACAGAGGCAGCAGGAGCCCCAGCGGCAGCAAGGCUGGCAGCAGGAGCCCCAGCGGCAGCAAGGCUGGCAGCAGAAGCCCUAGCGGCAGCAACAACAGAAGCAGAAGCCCUAGCGGCAGCAACAAGAGCAGCAGCAGGAGCAGAAGCCCUAGUGGCAGCAAGGCUGGCAGCAGGAGCCCCAGCGGCAGCAAACGCAGCAGCAGGAGCCGCAGCGGCAGCAACAAAAGCAGAAGCAAGAGCCCCAGCGGCAGCAACAGAAGCAGCAGGAGCCCUAGCGGCAGCAACAGAAGCAGAAGCAAGAGCCCUAGCGGCAGCAAGGCUGGCAGCAGAAGCCCUAGCGGCAGCAACAGAAGCAGAAGCCCUAGCGGCAGCAAACGCAGCAGCAGAAGCAGAAGCAAGAGCCCCAGCGGCAGCAAGGCUGGCAGCAGAAGCCCUAGCGGCAGCAACAACAGAAGCAGAAGCCCUAGCGGCAGCAACAAGAGCAGCAGCAGAAGCCCUAGCGGCAGCAAACGCAGCAGAAGCCCCAGCGGCAGCAACAAGAGCAGCAGCAGGAGCCCCAGCGGCAGCAACAAAAGCAGAAGCAAGAGCCCUAGCGGCAGCAACAGAAGCAGAAGCCCUAGCGGCAGCAACAAAAGCAGAAGCAAGAGCCCCAGCGGCAGCAGACGCAGCAGCAGGAGCCCCAGCGGCAGCAACAGAAGCAGAAGCAAGAGCCCUAACGGCAGCAAGGCUGGCAGCAGAAGCCCAAGCGGCAGCAACAACAGAAGCAGAAGCCCUAGCGGCAGCAACAAGAGCAGCAGCAGAAGCCCUAGCGGCAGCAACAGAAGCAGAAGCCCCAGCGGCAGCAAACACAGCAGCAAGAGCCCUAGCGGCAGCAGACACAGCAGCAGGAGCAGAAGCCCUAGCGGCAGCAAGGCUGGCAGCAAGAGCCCUAGCGGCAGCAGACACAGCAGCAGAAGCAGGAGCCCUAGCGGCAGCAAGGCUGGCAGCAGAAGCCCCAGCGGCAGCAAACGCAGCAGCAGGAGCCCUAGCGGCAGCAAACACAGCAGCAGAAGCCCUAGCGGCAGCAAGGCUGGCAGCAGGAGCCCUAGCGGAAGCAACAACAGAAGCAGAAGCCCUAGCGGCAGCAACAAAAGCAAGAGCCCUAGCGGCAGCAGCAACAGAAGCAGAAGCCCUAGCGGCAGCAAUAACAGAAGCAGGAGCCCCAGCGGCAGCAACAAGAGCAGCAGCAGAAGCCCUAGCGGCAGCAAGGCUGGCAGCAGAAGCCCUAGCGGUAGCAAUAACAGAAGCAGAAGCCCUAGCGGAAGCAACAGAAGCAAGAGCCCUAGCGGCAGCAACAGAAGCAGAAGCCCUAGCGGCAGCAAGGCUGGCAGCAGCAGGAGCCGCAGCAGCAGCAAACGCAGCAGCAGCCCCAAGGCAGGCGGCUCUCAAUCAAGAAGCAGAAGCAUAUCAAAAGACAAGCGGAUGGCGAGCGGAAGCCCCCAGCCUGAAGGAGAAGCAAGCAGCCGUCAAGGAGGGAAGUCAUAGAGGCAGCAGCAAAGCCAGCAGCAGAAGCAGCAGCAGACGCAGUGCUAGCGGCAGUCCUGCAGCAAGGAGUAGCAGCAUCCGCAGCACAAGCCGCAAGAGCAGCAGAAGCCGCAGCAGCAGCAGCAAGACGGACGGGCGCAGCAGCAGGAGGGGCCGCAGCAGCAGCACACGCGAUGCUACUAGGAAGAAAGCAACAGCAGCAGCAGCAAAAAAGACAGGCAAGCCCCGCAGCAGCAGCAGCAGCGUGAGCGCAAGCCGCAGCAACUCGCCAGCAACAGUAAAGAGACAGAAGAGGGGGGAGACUGCAGCAGAAAGCAGCAGCAGCAGAAAUAUAAAAGAGCUUCAGGAAGAACCUCAAGCACUCGCAAAGGGCGGCGGCAGUAGCAGCAAGACCAAGAAGCAAUCUGCUGCUGCUGCUGCUGCUGCUGCUGCUGCACCGAAAGGCAAGGCAGCGAGCAGCGCCGCAGGAGGUGGGGGUAAAGAAAAGAAGGUUGAGGGAAGGAGACAGAGGGUUAACGAAGAGGAGAGAGACAGCAAGCAGCAGCAAAAGGAGACAGCGGAGCAGCAGAAGAAGCAGCAGCAGAAGAAAGCAACAGAGACAGCAAAGGCUUCCAGAGACAGAAAGACAAAGGAAAAAGGAGACGAUGAGCAGCAGCAGCAGCAGCUGAACGGACAGCAGCAGCAGCAGCAGGGCGAGAGCCGCAGCAAACGCAGCAGAAGACAGCAGCAAGACAACAAGCGAGAAGAGAGUGAAGACAAGAAGGCAGCAGCAAAUGACGCAGACGAAAGAAAAAGAAGAAAAGUUGAGACAAAGAAAGAUGCAGCAGCACCAAACAAAGAGAAGACAACAAAGAAAACAGAAAGCCAAAGCACCUUAAAAAGGAAACGUAAUGCAGGCAACUGA